AUGGAGUUCACGACUCCUGAGAGACGAGAGCGUCCCUCGCGAGCUGCGGCCCCCAAGAGUUUCAAGGAUCCUGAAAGUGAUUCUGACGAGCCAAUCGUCCCACGCUUCCGCUCCGUGUCUUCCACGGGAUCUCGAGUCAUUCAGGUCAAAGAUGAGACUGCGCACUCUAGCUCUGAUCCUGCGAUCAAGACUUCUUCUCUAGCCACCAUAAACCAGUCCACUGUACUUAAGAAACGAUCAUCCUCCGACGAAGAAGCCGAUUCUCCUAACAAAAAGGUGCGGAAGAUUGUUCUUAAGACCAACAAGUCUGCGACCGCCAGCAACAAUGCUGCCACUCCUCAGCCAGCCCCGCCAGCUCUCUCGCACAUUGAGGAUUCUCCCUCGGGCAACCUGUCUAAAAUCCAGAGCCUCCAUGAAGGUCUGACCUCUCUUCAGGAACGGAUUUCAGCUACUCUGCACAUGACUAGAUUCGCAGUUGAGCUUGACGCGGCCAAGAAGAAAAUCACUUCCCUUGAACGCCAACUCCUCGAGGCUAGCUCACCGGACGACAGCACCUCCAAGCUCAAACAAUGUGAAAAGAAACUCGCCAUGUCCUUGGAAAGAAAUGGGAGACUGCUUGACGACAACGUCGAACUCACCAAAAGGUUCAAGGAGACACGGGCUUAUGCCGAUGAGCUGAGAGUGGAAAUGGCUGCCAUGCUUGCUGAAAAGGACCCCAACUUUAAUGAUGCGUUUAAGGUGACCGACGACGAAGUCGAACGUAUCUGGGGGGAUAUCAGAUACCAGAUCUUUGCCUUCGUCGCUCAGGUUCUCACAGUAAAACCUUACCGAAAGGCGGCCCCUCGGGAAGCAGAACACAGCGUGGUGGAAGCGCUCAAAAAGGAGCAAAAGAAAGACAUCCACCUGGCUGAUUUCUAUUUUGAGCAGUAUAUCUGGAAGUGCCUCGUCCGUUACAUUUUCCAAGGCGAAGCAGCCAUCUUCGGUGGCCCUGCAGGCAGAGUUUUCCAGCUGUUCUGCUUGGACAUCUCUAAGAUCGAUUGCGAGAGCAUGCCAGAACUGAGUCGUGUCAAAGCCCACACAGCCAACCUUUUGAACGAGCAGUUUGAUCAAGACAACAACAAAGAGGUUGAAGGCAUCGUCCAAAAGUUGAAGAAUGACCUAGCAAUCUUCAUGGGCUCUGACGAGGAGGACAAGGCGGAAGAGAAGCUUGGAAACAUUGUCAGCAAAGCGGUCAAGUUGAACAACUAUUUCCUCAAGUCGAGGGCGUUCUUUGUGACGGACUGGGACAUCGACGACGAGAGCCAUAACUUUGACGACCUCAUUGUUCGCUACAAGAGUGGUAAACAGGGCGGAGAGCCAGUCGUUGGGGUUCAGAUCUCGCCCAGACUCAGCAAGAUUGGCAAUGCCGAUGGCGAAUUCUUCAAAUCGACCAACGCCAUGGUGAUUUACAAACCCAUGGUCACGCUGAACUAUGAAUAA